CAAAUUUAAAAAAAGAAAAAAAAGAGACAGACAAGAGAGACAGAGAUAGAGAGAUAGAGAGACCGAGAGAGAAUCAAGCAUCAACCGCCACCGGCCACUGACCCACCGACCACGCCGCCGGCUUCUCCAACCUCCAUCAUCCCAAUCUACCCAAUUUCAAAUUAGUGGUAAAGGAAACUAGUUAUGGCCACCGAGGAGACAAAAGACCCAUUCAAGGGGGUUGACUGGAAAGCUGUUGGUGGUGACAUGCAGAAGGACCCUGGUGCUAAGCCUGUUAUAAAGAAGCGGCUCCCAAAAAAGAUUAGGCAGAUUCCAGAGUGCUACUUCCUUCCUCGAAGAUCCUUACCAUCUGCUAUUGCCUUCUAUGGGUCAUGUAUUGCUGGUGGAAUUGGUGCUGGGAUGCUGCUGGAGAUCUGGAUAAAAAAGAAAGUUAAAGAGGAUGGAGGUGUCAUAUGGGAGUUUGACAAGUAGAGCCUGGAUUGCAUUACCGGAGUCCCUGUCUAGAUCAUCCUUAAUGAUAUGUAUACCAAGGCUGUAACCUAUAAAGAAAGCUAAAUAAGUUUUUAGUGCUAAAAAAUUGGUCUUAGCAAAGUUACAUGCAUGUUGCACAAAUUUUGUGUAUGUUCUUAGCUUGGCUUUUUAUUCAGAAUUUUGGAAAAUUGAAUUACAGGUUCGUUGUUAUGAGGAAUUGAUUUCUUGGUGUAUUUAGGAAAA